UUCUAGGGUGGUGGGCCGGCUUCGAUUUUCUCAUUUUUCGCCUCUUCUCAAGAUAACUGUUACCUGAGCCGGCUUGAGCCCGGCAGCCCCUCGUUAGGGUUAACACAAGAAGGCAGGCUGCCUCAGUUGCACUUCGCUCAGACCGUUGGUAUAAACCUCUAGUGAUGACCUCGACGCGGAAUCCAGCCAUCGUCGCCUAGUUCCUUACUGUUUGGCCUCAUCCCCAACUUCUCCCCCCACUCCCACUGUCUACUACAACUACCAUCAUGCCUCCGCUACCGACUGACGCGCCCCUGCGUGACCGGCCCGGGUCGUCCUGGCCGCCGAGUCCCAGCCGCCUUCCCCCAUCGUUGGAAGACGACAGUAAUUCGAUAGAUGAGGACGAGCCAGAUGCGCCGUGGUCCAGCGAAAAUCCUAUGAUGUAUUUCCUGACGCCGCCAACCCCCAAAGGCGAGGACCUGGAAUUCGAAUUCGAGUUUGACGCGGGAAUCGAAGACUCCAACCGGCCCCAGGAAAUCACCCGGACCGUCUCCCCAUCCACCCUUGAUGGCCUUAGGAAAUAUAAGCCCAGAGACAGGCUGGCAGACUGCGCCAUCCUGGAUGACGACGACGAGGACGACGAAAGUGACGACGAGGAGUAUAUCCGAUUCCAUCCUCACGGCCAUACGUCGUUGCCAUUCGAGUUUGAGAGGUUUUUCGACCAAACGCGGCCUACUUCCACCAUAAUAUCCCAAACGACAGAAUCCUUGUUAUCCCCUGCAUCAUUUCAUGUCGGAUCGCCUCAAGAACGGCCACCUAGGCGUUUCGCACCACCACGACGCUCGUUUCGCGGGAGGUCGCCGUAUCAAUCGCUUCAACGACGCCACUCAUGGCGCGAACCCAGUCCCGAUGUAUAUUCUAUCGAAGAGGAACCGGAAAAGGAGACAAUGAGCGAGAUGGGUUUGAGCGUCGAGUACCUUUCUGAGGGCGAGGAGAGGAAGACGCAACCAAUAGACAUACCGGCUGCAAAGCCACGGAAGAGGGUUCGGUUCGUGCUACCGGUCAAGGAGUAGUAAUAGCAUAUUUCCUACGUCUGCAUUGUCCCAGGAGGGCGGCCCGGCAUCCAUGCAUAUAAACGGCGUCACAGGGGGUUGCAUUUCUCUAUCUCACUUCGGUAAUAUCAACAAGGACCACAUUAAGGAGGGUGGAUCGGGCAUAUCAUCUAGUGGAGGGAAUUCUUCUGAAUUGCCCAGGCGCCUAUGUACUACCUCGGCGUACGCAUUUCGGAAAGC